CUUCUCUUUCCUUGUAAGAACGGUUAACCAAUUCUAACACCUGGCAGAACGCCUGGAUAGGCGAAGAGGUCUUUAGGUACCAUUACAAUCCGUGGAGGAAUUGUUAGGUGCAUGAUACUUUAGCCAAAGUUCUAUGAGGAGGAGAGAAAAAAAAGGGAAGGAAAAGAGAUUUGUGGCUUGUAAUACUUAUAUACGGUAAUGGUUUGUGGGAUGUGCCAAGAUUUGCACUCGACGCGCGGGUGCAGGGCAUGAGGGCCAUUGAGGGCCAUUGAGGAGAUGAGUCAGCGAGGAGCUUCCCUCGGCUAAACGAAUUCGCUGAAGACCGGAUGCCGUAUCGAACCUUCCCGGGCUCUUGGACCGACCGACGAACCAACAACCAUUUUUCUUUUGGUCUUGCCUUACUCACUUGCUCCGAGCGAACAGACAUUCACCACUUCUUUAUGCGAUAGUAUGCUUUCAAGAGCCGUGGUUAGAUCUGUUUCGAAGGGACAAAAUCCCGUUCCCCCAAGAUUCACUCUGGCAAGGGCCUACCCGGUGGCCAGCACUACACGGAGCAGAUAUACCGCAAGCACCUCAAAACUCAGCAACGACGAUGCCCAAUCCAUCCUCAACGCCCAGCGCAAACUCCGCCCUAUAUCCCCACACCUAACAAUCUACCAACCGCAAAUCACCUCCUUGAUGUCCGGUGCGAACCGCAUCACCGGCGCCAUCCUCUCGACCUCAGCCUACGCGUUCGCAAUCGGCUACCUCGUUGCGCCGACUCUCGGCCUGCACCUGGAGUCCCAGACUAUCGCUGAGGCGUUCGGUGCCAUGCCCGAUGCUACAAAGAUUGGGAUCAAGGGGGUACUGGCUUUGCCGUUUACUUAUCAUGCGUGGAAUGGGGUUAGGCAUUUGAUUUGGGAUACGGGCAAAUUGCUGGAUAUAAAGGGUGUGUACACGGGGGGCUAUGUAGUUCUGGGAUUGACGUGUUUAAGUACGAUUUAUUUGGCGUUUUCCUAGAGUUAAUUCAGUGGGAUUGAUUACCAAA